GGGCCGCGGGGCCGGCGCGUCCCGGCCCCUCCGCGCCUCGGCCCGGCGGGACACGAGUGGGCAGCGGGCGCGGUGGAAGUGCCCUAAGGCACCGGCCGCGGGAGGGGCCGCGGCCCGGCGAGCGUCCGGCGGGUCUGUCUGCAGAGGGCGAGUUCUCCCUUGGCUUAUCGGCGCAACGCCGGGCCGGGAACCCGCGGGUCUGUCAUUCUUGAGCGAGAUAAUUUUCAAUUUUCAAAUACGAGAACUCCUGCUGCAUCAGCCUGAACGUGAUUAUAUAAUGAGGUCGGAGCUGAUCCUGGAUCCUGUGGUAUUUCUGUACUGCAGAGAUGAGCUCUGUGGCGACAGACAAGGUUGCAGGCAAGCUGAGCUCCACUCUCUCAUGGGUGAAGAACACGGUAUCGCACACCGUCAGUCAAAUGGCCAGCCAGGUGGCGAGUCCAUCUGCCUCCCUCCACACCACAUCCCCCUCCACCACCCUGUCCACACCCGCCCUGUCACCAUCCUCACCGACACAGCUGAGCCCAGACGACUUGGAAUUGCUUGCUAAACUUGAGGAACAGAACAGACUCUUGGAAACAGAUAGCAAAUCCUUACGAUCAGUAAAUGGGUCAAGAAGAAAUAGUGGCUCUUCUCUUGUAUCUAGUUCAUCAGCUUCUAGCAAUCUCAGCCAUCUUGAAGAAGACUCGUGGAUCCUGUGGGGGCGGAUUGUGAAUGAAUGGGAAGAUGUACGCAAAAAGAAAGAAAAGCAAGUUAAGGAGCUGGUUCGAAAAGGGAUACCUCAUCACUUCAGAGCAAUUGUUUGGCAACUUUUAUGCAGUGCUCAAAGCAUGCCAAUUAAGGAUCAGUAUUCAGAGCUUUUAAAAAUGACAUCUCCUUGUGAAAAAUUAAUAAGAAGGGACAUUGCUAGAACAUACCCUGAACAUGACUUUUUCAAAGAAAAAGAUAGCCUUGGGCAGGAGGUCUUGUUCAACGUAAUGAAGGCUUACUCUUUGGUGGAUCGUGAGGUUGGAUACUGUCAAGGGAGCGCUUUUAUAGUUGGAUUACUGCUUAUGCAGAUGCCAGAAGAAGAGGCAUUCUGUGUGUUUGUUAAAUUAAUGCAAGAUUACAGACUGCGAGAACUCUUUAAACCAAGCAUGGCUGAACUGGGCCUUUGUAUGUACCAGUUUGAAUGCAUGAUACAGGAACAUCUUCCAGAGCUUUAUGUGCACUUUCAAUCUCAGAGUUUUCACACUUCUAUGUAUGCAUCGUCAUGGUUUUUAACUAUAUUCCUUACGACUUUUCCACUACCAAUUGCAACAAGAAUAUUUGAUAUCUUUAUGUCUGAGGGUUUAGAGAUAGUAUUUCGAGUAGGUUUAGCAUUACUUCAGAUGAACCAGGCAGAAUUACUGCAACUUGACAUGGAAGGAAUGUUACAGCACUUUCAAAAGGUCAUUCCACAUCAGUUUGACAGUGGUCCAGACAAAUUAAUCCAAGCAUCUUACCAAGUCAAAUACAAUGCAAAAAAGAUGAAAAAGCUAGAAAAAGAGUACACUACAAUAAAGACAAAAGAAAUGGAAGAACAAGUUGAAAUUAAAAGGUUACGAACUGAAAACAGACUCCUAAAACAGCGUAUUGAAACACUAGAAAAAGAAAGUGCUUCCUUGGCAGAUAGAUUGAUCCAGGGACAAGUGACAAGGGCCCAGGAGGCUGAGGAAAACUACCUCAUAAAACGGGAGCUGGCCACCAUCAAACAGCAGAGUGAUGAGGCCAAUACUAAACUGGAGCAAGCUGAGAAUACCAUCAGGGAGCUCCAGCAACAGCAGCAAUGGCAUAAAUGCAGUUCACGAUACAGUGAAGACUUUGUGCUACAGCUGGAAAAAGAGCUGGUCCAAGCCAGGCUGAGUGAAGCAGAAUCCCAUUGUGCCCUGAAGGAGAUGCAAGAUAAAGUUCUAGAGAUGGAAAAGAGGAACAGCUCUCUCCCUGAUGAGGAAAAUGUUGCCAGACUACAAGAAGAACUGAUUGCAGUAAAAUUAAGAGAAGCAGAAUCUUUGAUGGGUCUCAAAGAACUGAGGCAGCAAGUCAAAGAUUUGGAGGAACACUGGCAGCGUCACCUAGCUCGUACCACUGGAAGAUGGAAAGAUCCUCCCAAAAAAAAUGCACUGAAUGAGCUACAGGAUGAGCUGAUGACAGUGCGGUUGAGAGAAGCAGAAACUCAGGCUGAGCUGAAAGAGACCAAACAAAGAAUGAUGGAGGUGGAGACACAGAAUCAGAUCAAUAGUAAUCACUUACGAAGGGCAGAGCAAGAGGUUACCAACCUACAGGAGAAGGUGCAGUAUCUUUCUGCACAGAACAAAGGACUCCUGGCCCAGUUGAAUGAAGCAAAACGUAGACAAGCAGAGAUUGAAUGCAAGAGUAAAGAAGAAGUGAUGGCAGUACGGCUCCGUGAGGCAGACCGCAUUGCAGCUGUGGCAGAACUCCAGCAGCAUAUUGCUGAAUUAGAAAUCCAGAAAGAAGAAGGAAAAAUUCAAGGGCAGCUUAAUAAAUCUGAUUCUAACCAGUACAUCAGAGAACUGAAAGAUCAGAUAGCUGAGCUGCAUCAUGAGUCAGCAUCAGAGAUCAGAGUUGAGAUUCUUGCAAACUGAAGCAGUAAAAACCAGGUUCCUUUAAAUGUUACUUGUUGGAGUGACAGAGAUCUAGUUCCCUUCACAUGAAGGAAGGCCAGACCCAAAACUGAAAGCCUUUAACCAAUAUCGACUGUAUAAAAGAGAAGAGAAACUAAGAGACCCUGGGGUGCAAAUCCAUACUUUGCUCAACAUGGCUGUAGUUCCUUCAGGGAUAAGUAUAGAGUAGAACUAGGGUAUGGGGGGAGUGUUUGGGUUGGGUCCACACGUCCUGCAUUCCAAGUCCUUAGCUGGAUUUCCCAUUGUCUCAAUAUGCUUGGCUAGAUGAAUGGCAAGAUCUUGGCCUAAUGCUUUAGUUCCUACCUUAAGCUCUUUUCCUAUGUCCAAGUGAAACACUGACAACAAGAAUCUCAAGUCUGUCUUAAACUGACAAAUUAGUUUCAGUGUGAAUAAGGUGGUUGUUUGUCUAUUGCAAAAUCUAAGCCAUAUCUACACAAUGGCAAACAUAGAAUGGUAGUUACAAAUCAGGAAAGAUGUUUUCAGUUGGUAUUGAGUCCUCUGACACUGGUUUAGCAUGCAGCCCCAGCCAAAUCAGACAAGGCAACAUUGGGCAUUAAUAGGAAGUAUAUUAAAAACCAAAUAAAGGGAGUUGUAUUGCCACUUGGCCUCUAGAUGGAUGUAAAGAAUUUAAAGAAGGUCUGUAGGAAAGUUAAAGGGAAUUUAUGAUGAAUGAUGGUUGUCUUGAUUAACACCUGUUUAUGAGAGGCUAAAAUGGAUUGGAAGUCAUCUGCUCUAGAGAGAAAACUGAAGAAGGUACUAUGAUAUAAGUUUCAGAAUAAUUACCACAGAACUGCUUUUCACCACUUGUUCCUGAAUUAUUAGAAUCUGGGGGCACUUACUAAAACAAGUAGAUUAGUUUAAAAGAAAUAAAGGAGUUUCUGGAAUUUACUGCCACAGGAAGAUGUGGAGGUAGACAGCAAAUUAUAUGAUCAGUCAGGGACAGCUGAUCUAUAAACGUAUGCUGAAGCAGCUAGUAAAAGAUUUCACUCAUAUUUGCUACAACAGCUUCUGGCCAAGUCAGUGGAGGCUUGGUAAUAGGAAGGUCCUGUUGUCACUGUUGGAGACACCAUAUUAGGCGGAUGGACUGCUUCCCUGAGCCAGUAGGACAGUAAUGUUCCUCCCUUGAAAAAAGAUACUGCUUUUUCCUUUAGAAGUGUAGAGCCUCACUUGCUAGACUGUGAAGUUAUAUGAGAGUAAAAAACUUAAUUUUAGGAAACCUCAAUUUUAAAGCUUUAGGCUGGCAUUAGCUGCUGGUAUUUAAUUGCAUGGGAGUGCAGGCUCUCUGCAAGUUGUUCCAAAUACUUUGAGAAGCCAUACAAAUCCUUCUUGUUGCAGUAAAAAUUCCAAAUAAUCAAGCUGCUUCAGAAAUGCUCCUGAACAAAUAUUAGGUUGAAUGGCCCCUUAAUCUUCAGCUGUGAAAGUAACUUGCCCUUGUCAGUGCAGCCUCGCAUGCUGUUAGCCUUCCUCACUACUCAGGGAUGGUGUGGAUUCGAGUUAGCCUUCCUUGUGGCAGGACCCCAUGGCCCUCUCCAGCAGUUUUGCUCUCCAGCCUGUUGACCCUCAUAAUACAAACAAUGUCUAUGCCACAGUGUUCUGGCUGAGGUGGCCAUUUCUGAAGCAGACAGAAAUUCUGGAGCUCUAUGACCAUUGAUAAAUGUGUAGUAUGUAUUCUCUGCAGUAUGUAAUGUUUCUUCACAGCCUGUUUCCCCUUGCAUGUGAGGAGUGCUUAAGAAAAAAGGCAGGCAAGUGUAAAGCUGCAGAUAAAAAAUGUUUCUGGAAAGUCAGAGAUUUGUUAUUCUAACGAAGGGAUGCACAAAGAUAACACAGUGUUUUCUGAGACUCCCUUUAGGAACUGGCAAAGGCUGUGUCUAUUUAUCAUUAUCUUCUCCAACAGCAUUUUCCACAGACUCCUAUUUAGAACAGUUGCUGCCUAAAACUGUGAAACCAUGAUUUUGUCAUGUUACCCAAAUAACUUCAUCUAAAGGUAUCAUGUUUAAGUCUUCAGGAAAACAGUUGAGGUCAUUGGCUUGGCUUUCUGAGUGUUCAAAACAACUAACUUUGAGUAUCAGCUUUAUAAUUUCAGGUGAACCAAUGGCUUAACUGUACAGACCUGAAAGCAUAUAAUUUCUUACUCUAAUAUGAAGUUUCUGGUCACUUGUACAGCAUUUCUUUUUUUUUCCUGUGGUAAGGGUGGAGAGAAAUUGUUGGGUUUCUGUGUUUUAUUUUCCUAGUGACUAAAAUUGAUAGCUGUUUUGGAAAAUUCAUGUGGUAGCUAAUCUGAUCAUAUUGCAGGAUAUUUUCAGGAAUUAUAUUUCUAAAUAACACAAGAAUUUCUGUACCAGGCUUUUUGAAUCUAGGUAUAUAAGCUAGUAAAAAUUAUCUAUUCCAGAUAUAUUUGUAUUUUAUAUAAGCUGGUUUUGCUUGCAUCAUGAGUUAUGCUGUACAAGUGUGGAACUCUGUUUUUCUUGUCUUUAUACAAAGUCCUCAUGAAACAACAGCAGCCUCUGUGUAUGCGAAGAAAAUGCAAAAAACUAAUGUUAGUAUGCAUAGUAACCACAAAGAUUCAGAUCUACAUCAUGUACCCAUAGUCCUAACAGGGAUUUUUUGCUAUAACAUCAAAAGUUGGAGUUUUUACAUGCUAACAUGCAAUUUAAUGGCUUCUAGCAUAAUUAUGACUCUUGUGAUCUUUUUUCAACUCCUUUUUUGUUCUCAUCUUCUGCACAAGCCCAUGGUAAGUACAGAGAUUCUUUCUUCCCCAAAUGGACAGGUAAAAAUCUCCUAUUAGUGGCAAUACUGAGGACAUACAAGCACUUCUUAUUUAUCAAAGGGAAUAUUGCUUCAGAUUUCUGAAACAUCAAACAGAUUUUGGUAAAGAAACUCUUCAGCAUUUUAUUCCUUCUAUUCUCCAGGUCUCUUACUGUAAAAAGCCACUUCCAAAUUAGCAAUAGGUGCAUCUUUUAAGCUUUUAGAGUGACAUUAGGAAGGUUCUAUAAUCCAUUUUUAAUGUUUAACUGCAUCCUUGGGAUUUUUUAUCUUAAUAUCUCAGACUGUCAAACUGACCCUGAGGUAUUUUCUACUAAAAGCUAACAAGAAUGAAAUUCUAGAUUAAACAAACCAAAACAUCACAAAAACAAACAACCUUCAGAAUGUCUUCCAUGAGUUGCAGUUAUUUUUCAUUAAAUUAAUAGGGGACUUGCCAAACUUCUGGGCUUUGUGUCUUAGUUUUGAGUAGUUUGAAUGCAUGGUUGAAAUUGUGUAUCACUCUGCUGCACACUGAAUUAAAAUGUUAUCUGUCGGUGGUCAGACAAUAAUUUUUCUCUUGUUUGAUGUUUUCUUAAAAUUGCAGCUACAAUCUCUUUAUACUGUACUGAGAUGUUUCUCUCAUACUACUUGAUGUGAAAUCUCAUUGGAUCUGAAUUAGAUAAUUAAGACACUUAAUGUUACAAUGUAGACUGAACUAAACAUACUCUUGGGGAUUUACUUGGGACCUUGUUCAUUGAAGGGGGGGCUUUCUCAAGUAAGAAAUCAGGCAAUAUGAGAAAGAAUGGAGCUGUAAAAGUAAAAUGUUAAGGCCAAAAGUGCUGUUGAAACAAGUAGGCCACUCUAGAAGAUAGAAACCAUUCUUGUGGGGAUAUCAAAGAUGCAGUAAAAGCAGAAUCUCUCAUUACUGAUUCUAGGUACCUUGAUUAUUAAGCCUUAAAACUGUAAUAGUUGAAGUGAUCAUCAAAUGUGCUACUUUCAGAUGAUUUUAUCCAUUAAGAGUUCAAUGAGGCAUUUCUUGAAAAUGCACUUGUUUUUUUGGUUUGAUUUUUGUUGUUUGGGUGUUUUAUUGCUGGACCCUUGAGCUGUGAUUAACUGUCAACUUCCACUUUUUC